UCUCUCUCCUGGACCUUUAUAACUACAGUCACCAACUACAUAAAAGACUUUCCAUUGCCGCUGUGAGAGGGAAUGGCCUUGGACUUCGCCGCAGGCUGCAUAGGAGGUGCUGCUGGUGUUCUGGUGGGACAUCCCUUUGACACUGUGAAGGUUUGUGUUUCUUCUCUGUUUACUCUUGUUGGGUAAUAAGAUGAUGCAGAGUCAGACCACUGUGUUCAGCCUGAACACACAUAAUGUUACACAGGAACCAGAUUAUUGAGCAAGAGGAACGGGAGAUUAACCACUGUAGAAAUAAUAAGACGCAGAAUUUAGUUUGAACUGAUCAGGGGCCAGAUUCACAAUACAAAUGUUGAAUAUGUGUUCCCUAAUCUAAAGUGUUACUGGAGGUUUUCAAACUGUCUGAUAUCACAGCCUCCACCUAGAUCAGGGAUGGGCAACUGGAGGCCCGGGGGCCACAUACGGCCCUCACCCUCACCUGAAGUGGCCCUCAGUACAACUACAUGCAUUUGAGCAAAAUGCACAAAAUGACUUCUUGCAAUUAAUGUUGGUCUGCUGUUCUUACACUGAAAAAAAAAAAAAAAAAAUCACAGUAAGUGGUUAUUUUUGUAUUUGCUUCAAACCUUUUGUAAAUUAUUUGGUUGAGUGUUGGAUAAUUUAUCUAGUUUUAAGAGUUAAUUUCUUAUUUUAAGUGUUCAACAUGCUUAUUUCUAGAUUUAAUAAUCUUAAUUUAAUAAAUCUUGUCAAGGUAAAUUAUCUGUCCAUGCAGCAAGAUCAUUUCCCUCAGAUUUACUGUUUUAUCUGGUUUUAAAACACCUUUUUUUGCAGCGUACAUGCAUUUGAGCAUGAAAUAUGUUAAGUUGCUGCACUGUAAACAUAUUUAAAAUCACAUCUGGUUCAGUGUACGCUCCUGUAUGUGGCCCUGUGGUAGUGGCCAUGAAUAAUUGUGGCCCCCUGCAGCAUUUAAGUUGCCCAUCCCUGGUCUAGAGGGUCAGGUGGUGGAGGUUGUCUGGUUGUAGCUCUUUGUCUGUGUGAUAUGUGUCCCUGAGCUGUUGGGAGUGUGUCUGUAACAGCAACAGUGUCACUGUGUUAUAGAUGAGAGAAUAAACAAGCUCUCCAUGGAGAUGGGACCUAGUGAGACUUCAGGUCCAGAAUGUGGACAGGCCUCUGUACCGCGGGACCUUCCACUGCUUCCAGUCCAUCGCACGCCAGGAGUCGAUGCUGGGUCUGUAUAAGGGGAUCGGUUCUCCGAUGAUGGGUCUGACCUUCAUCAACGCCAUCGUGUUUGGCGUGCAGGGCAACGCCAUGAGGAAGCUGGGCCGGGACACGCCCCUCAACCAGUUCAUGGCGGGCGCGUCGGCCGGCGCCAUCCAGUGCGUGAUCUGCUGCCCGAUGGAGCUCGCCAAGACUCGCAUGCAGCUGCAGGGAACCGGGGAGAAGAAGUCCAGCAGGAAGCUCUACAAGAACUCUCUGGACUGCCUGGUGAGGAUCUACAACAAGGAGGGGCUCCGCGGCAUCAACCGCGGCAUGGUGACCACGCUGCUGCGCGAGACGCCCGGCUUCGGCGUCUACUUCCUGGCCUACGACCUGUGGACGCGCUACCUGGGCUGCGAGCCCGAGGACCCCUACAUGAUCCCCAAGCUGCUGUUUGCGGGCGGCAUGUCGGGCAUCGCGUCCUGGAUCUCCACCUACCCCGUCGACGUCAUCAAGUCCCGCCUCCAGGCCGACGGCGUGGGCGGGGUCAACCAGUACAGCGGCAUCAUGGACUGCGUGCGUCAGAGCCUGAAGAAGGAGGGCUGGAGGGUUUUCACCCGCGGACUCACCUCCACGCUGCUCCGGGCCUUCCCCGUCAACGCCACCACCUUCGCCACCGUCACGCUCUUCCUCAUGUACAUGAGGAGGGAGGAAGACGAGUGCAGCGUGCUCGACUCGGAGCUGCAGACGGUGCAGCUGCAGACGCAGACGCUGCAGACGCAGACCACCAGCAUGUGAGCCUCACAGUCCACCAUAUACAUAUAUAUCUAUAUAUAUAUAUAUAUAUAUUUAUAUAAAUAUAUGUGUAUAUAUAUAGAUAUAUGAGCUGGUGAACUGAUCCAGCGGAGCUUCAGCCAAGUGACCACAUGUUUUAUUUAAAAAAAUUAUAUAUAUUUUAACAUAAAGGCUGCACUUGUAAAUAUAGUCGGGGUUUUAAAAGGUUUUUGUACACAUUUUUUGGAGGUUUUUAAGGUAAUUUGGUAAAUGUGACUGUUACUAUGGUUACUGUUACUAUAUGAUUACUGUUGCUAUAGUGACUGUAACAGUGGCUGUUACUAUGGUUACCGUCACUACAGUUACCGGUACUAUGGUUACUGUAACAGUGACUGUUACUAUGGUUACUGUCGCUAUGGUUACCGUUACUAUGGUUACUGUAACAGUGACUGUUACUAUGGUUACUGUUACUAUGGUGACUGUUACUGUGGUUACUGUUACUAUGGUGACCGUUACUAUGGUUACUAUGGUGACUGUUACUAUGGUUACUGUAACACUGAGGAUAUUCCUGUGCAUCACUGAAUACUGUCGUAGUUUGAAGGCAUGGAUGCAUUUUUUAACAGUUAAUUUUUGCAAACUUGAAUCAGUGAAAUGAAUGUGAUUUAAAGAAUCAGUUCAUUGAUUUUCUAUAGAAGAAUGUCCAGGUCAAAUCAUUAUUUAAUAUCAAUCAUUGUUUACCUCCACACAGUGUGAACUCAGCAUGGUGUCGUCAUGGUUACAUAAAGGCUGCACUGCAGGUUUUUGAACACGUUUUUUGGAGGUUUUUAAGGUCAUUUGGUAAAUGUGACUGUUACUAUAGUUACUGUAACACAGUGACUGUUACUAUGGUUACAGUAGAGUAUUCAGUGAUGCACGGAAAUAAUCCUCAAAGUUUGGCAUGAAUGCAUAUUUUAACGGUUAAUUUUGAAAACUUGAAUCAGUGAAAUUAUGAAUGUGAUUUUAAGAAUCAAUUCAUUGGUUUUAUUUACACUACAGGACAAAAGUUUGGAAGCAAUGACAACACGGGUACAAAAGUCAAAAACAAAUCACAGUUUGCAUUAUUCACUUUAGCUCUUUGGCUAAAGAGAGUUUUCCUAUAAAUAUAAAGAAUAACUCGUAUAUGUUCUGCUGUGGAUAAAGCCAGAGGAAGAUACUUUGAAUAAAGCAAAGUCUAAGCAAGAAGAACCCAAAUACCUGAUAAUUAUAGUUAAAAUGUGUUCUAAUAAGUGACUCUUCAUAUAAUAAUCAUGCUUAUUUUGUUGCAAAGUAUAAACAAAUGAAACUCUGAUCUUUUUUUGUACAAAUUUCAUCUUUCUUCCAGACUUUUGACCUGUCGUGUAAAAGAACGUUCUCUAUGACGUCCAGGUCAAAUCGUUAUUGAAUAUAAAUCACUAUUUACCUCCAUACAGUGUGAACUCAGCAUGGUGUCGUCAUGGUUACAGCACAGAGCCUGACUCGUGUACAUUUCUGUAGAUAUUGGUGUAUUAUUUCCUGAGGUUACAGUGUUUGUAGUGUAACUUUCCACUGAAACGUGAUUAUUGGAGGAAACGUGAUUAUUGAAGGUGUGGAAACUGUCCAGGUUUUAAUUUAAAGGCUCAGUCGUUGGUUUUAAUGUUUGACAAUGGUUUAGGUGUAAUCAUGUGUAAUAAUUUCUUUUAAAUAUUUAAUGAUAGAACACAAUCAUUGUCUGAAACCAGACCUGAUGCUGUUUUAGCCGUUUUGUCUCAGUGUCCAAAGAAAAAGCACCUUAUGGUUUAAAAUCAAGCAACAAACGGUUAAAACGACUUUCUGCCUUUUUAAGAUUUUUUAACUUUUACAAAAGAUUUUAUUUUUUCCACUAAUGUAGAACUCUGUUACAGAUGAAGUGGGCUUUUUAAAAAUCUUUUACGUUCAUUUUUAAACCUUUUUGCUCUUUGUUUGCUGAGCGGCGCCACCUAGAGGCAGAAUAAUCUCCUGCAGGUUAAUUAGCUGCAGGUUUUAUCGUCUGUGAUGCAACGGCAGCUUUUGCAUGUUGUAGCUGCUGUUUGUGUCUCCAAGUCUGCACUUAUUACUAUAUUUAGACAUUUGAUCACCAGCAUAAAGUGUUUUAUUAAAGAGAAAUGAGUUGCCAAGAGAGCUUAUCCUCCAUAAAAACAGAUAUUUGUAAAGCUGAUGUUUUAAAUGUAAAUGUUCAGCACCAAAGAUAGAGAUCAUCUAUUUUUAUAUGAACAUAUUUUACUACUAUUUUCUCCCCAGAGUCUCUGAGGAUCAAACUAGUUUAACGAAGCUUCUCGUUGGUAGAAAACAGACUAAAAUAAAAAGGAAGAAAGGGAAUAUCUGGGUAGAAAAAAAACAUCUGACUAUAGGGUUGGGGUUUUUUUCUAUCAGUUUUUAUUUUAAAUUAGUAAACUACUGAUAUGUAGCAGCUGUUUGUGCCUCUGUUGUUUAAAAAUGGUGCAUUUAAAAGAUUAAAUAUGUAUAGCACUUUGUAAAUGGUUAAUAACUGGUCUAUAAACCAUCUAUAAACAUCACUUAGUUGGUUAUUGUAAAGUGUUACGGAAAAUGCAAAUUGUAGCGCAUCAAAAACUGCAGCAGGAGUCAAAUAAUGAUGCAUUAUUUUAAAACAUUGAUGCAUUAAUUUAAACAUUAAUGCAUUAUUUUAAACCUGCAGACGACAGAUAUUAAACUCUCAUUCUGCCUCCUCGUUGACAGAAACAUUUCUUCUUCUUCUUCUGUCUGUUUUUAAACUGCUGUUAGGUUGUUUUUAUCAGUGAGUAGCAGGAGUUUGUUUGUUUUUGGUUUGUCCAGAGACGAAACAUUGUACAAACUGUGAAUUUUAUUUUGAAAAGUUUGAAAUCUCACUAGGCUUUAGAUUUUCUGUCAUGCUGUAUUUUUCUGUUUCCAGACUUUUUUUUUCUUCUGUGUGUGAGCGUUGAGCUGGAUGUUUAGACUGUUUCUGACUGUUUAUCUCUAUGAAGAGCUGCUCUGACUGUCUCCUGCUGCUUUAUGUUCAUGUUCUCUGCUUGUUAUUGUACGAUAAUAUCUGGCACCAAAGCAGCAUCAACACCUUGUAGUUCUCUGAGAGAACGCAGAAAUAAAAGUCACUUUUCUUUCUCA